AUGUUGGCGCAUAGCUUUCCGCGGCACUUAUCCGACCUUUCGCUGUUCGUACAUAAGCCAGCAAGUAUCUUUUUAGGAGCCGGGCUACUAACAUCAGUACAGGGAAACGCUGCUUACUCGGUCGAGGUCGAGAGAUUACCAAGCGGCCACGUUUGGACUUUUGUAGUCCAAUCGGACGGUUACAAGGUGUUUGACAAACAAGGAGACCGAAAACCCCUCAAUUUUCUCGAGAUUGACACAAGGGCCAAGCGUCUGAUUGUUCACACAGCUCAAAACGGGCUCGACACAAUCAACCCACGCCUCAAGAUGCGUCAAGUUAUGACGGAGUGCUGGACCAUGACCGGCUUGAGGCCUGGGGACAUAAGGGAGGUUAAGGGAACCAAGAUCCAGAACCCCGACAUGCUAAAGGCCCUGGAAAAAUGCCGCAAAGGGAUGGACUUGGGUACAAGAAGCGACUUUAGAGUGACUGCUGCGGACAAAAAUGCUGCUGAGAAAGCCUGCUGGAGAAGGCUAGGGAGGACAAUCUUCUCUUUGUCUAUUAAAGGCGCCAUCAAGGAUUUCGAUGUUCGUAAGGAGCUUGUCCAGUUUGAGGUUAAGAAUUCUUGGCAAGGGGAUGACAUCUACUACUAUUUAGAUGAAAUGUAA